UUAUUUGUUGCUAAUGUAAUCGCAUUCGUGGCCUCAUUAUUUGGUAAUUCAGUUAUCAUUCACGUCAUAAGAACAGACCAUUCUAUGAAGACUACCACAAACUAUUUGAUCUUGAAUCAAGCUUGUGCUGAUAUUUUGACGACAACCCUUCAGACACUCAGCUAUUUUUUACUUUCCCUCGGGAGUAAGUGGUUUGGAGGAUUAUGGGGAGAUAUCACAUGCAAAUUGUUAAAAACGAGCGUUGUUAUUCUUCCUAAUUUCUCUGUUUGGAUUCUUGUUGCCAUUGCUGUUGAUCGCUUUUAUGCCGUAACGCGACCUUUUAUGACCUCUCCUUUAUCUCGUCAUUUCAAGAAAACAGUUGUCUUUCUGUGGGUUUGGUCUAUUGCUUCCGCAACUUACUUCAUUCCCUUAGCCAAGUUAGAAGUAAGAACUGACGGUCAUUAUCAUUGCAACCUGAAUACUUUUCCAGUCGAAAAAAAGCAUGCGGACGCGUGGAGAGCAAUAGGAAUCUCAGAGCUUGUCCUUAACGUUUUUCUUCCUCUUUUGCCAAUCAUAGUUCUAUAUUCAAUUGUUUGCCUUAAACUAUGGUCACGUGACAUACCAGGAGAAGGAACCAAUCAGAAUGAGCGGCAAGCAGAAGCGUUGAAAAUUGCUAAGAAAGUGACCCGGAUGAUGAUUGCUGUGGUGGUGUUGUACUUACUCUGUUGGCUGCCUUUCUUCGUUAUGUUUUCUCGCAGUAUUCUUCGUUAUGGUUAUGUCAACGAAAACCCUAAUUUGCUUUUGUUUAUCGUUUGGUUAACAAUCGCUUACAGUGGACUUAAUCCAUAUGUUUAUCUCACAUUUAGUCAAAAGUUCCGAAAUGGUUUUAAACUUUUAUUUGAGGAUUGCCUUGGAAAAGUCCACAAUUUCCUUUCUGCUCGUUCUCAGAGCGUAGAGUUGGAACAAAUAUAAAAUGAAUUUGAUUUUGUAUCUUCGGUCGGUUAUAAAAGGAGUUCGAAACCUGCAAUUGUUGUUAUACUGCCAAAAACGCAUGUGUCACGAAGCAGAAUAGCUCAUUGAAUUAAUUCAAUAAAUUAAAUGUAAAGUUCUAUUUCAUUGUUCUCAACUGAGUACAUAGAACUUGCCUGCCUUUCAAAAUACUUUUACUUCGUUUUCCACCUUCCUCGCUCAAUUCGUCCGAACAUGUAAUCAAAAAGUUUAAUUGAAGCUACAGAGACAAGAAAUCAAUUUGAUGAAACGAAUCUUAGAGGUACGUUUUCAAUCUGACUCCCACUAAACAAAUAGCCAUAACAUUGCUUUGAUUUGCCUUAUGCUUUUUUUUAUCAUGCAAAUGAAAUUGAAAUGAGAAAAGUCCUGCUAAUAUCAUACGCUAUACUGUAGUGGUAUACUGCAAGGUUGUGUAUUAAUAGUGCUGAAUGCAAGUGGUUGACUAGAAGGAACUGAGGCACGUUGUUUGCCCGCGUCAGGUGGACUUCCCUCUAGAACAUCUUAGUACAGCUUUCAUUCUUAGGGAAUAUAGGAAGAACCUUCCAUACGUUGUGGUUCAAUUUUAACCUUGAUUUAAAUUUUAUUUUUCUUUAUUCUGUGGUAUGGUAAUGUGUGAUAAGUAGUUUGAAACAAAGGUCAAUACAAUUUAAACCUGAAUUCAAAUCUUGCCGUUUCAAACUGAUUUUAUCAGUUUUCUCAAUAUAAGGAAAAGCGUAACAUUCUUGUCUAGAAUUGGACACUACAGUCAAUAGGAUGAAUGACGCAAAGGUCGCUACCUUGAGAGAAAAAGGAUCGGAAAAGAAGGAACAACAACAAUUUCAUCCUCCAAACUAAUCAUUUUAAUUUCUUAUCAUAACUUUCUCGCAGCAAAUCUUACAAUUGAGUAGCUGACUAUUGGUUUGGAAGGGUAAUUCGACUCGCUGUCUCUAGCUUGCCAUGGCAGGACCUAAUAUGAAAUCAAUUUUUAACAUUAGCCUCGAUUUUCAGUCACAAGGUACUAAAUCUCUAAUUCUUAACAGGUAAAAGGUCUCCUGGAAAAUUGGGAGAUAAAAAUGGGCUAUCAGAAGUUUCGUUUAUAAUUGCAAUAUGUCAUUGCUCAGUUAUGGACAACGUACAUUUACUAAUUUUUAAGUAUGCGCCUACAGUCCAAGUUCACUUUUGUUUAAUUAUAAAUAAUCCAUAAAACGAUCAUGUGCGAGGAAGACCAUUUGGCAUAUUUUUUUUUUUCUAACAAAGCUACACUUUUUUACCUCCAUUUUCGACCCGGUAGCUCUUACCAUAAAAAGGCUAUUUCUAAUUAAAAAGUAGUGUUUACUUCAAUUUAGAACUGAAAGCGGAAAUUUGUUAGAUUUGAAUGUAUAUUUGUUUAAAUAAGUUGGCGCGCAGUUAACUGGUGGCUGUAAAGCAAACUGCUUUGAUUGAAACCCAAUAACCAUCACAGUGGUAGAAAUGAAAUAAUUUAUUACUGCGGAAGCUGCGGGGCGUGGGGGCGGGGGGCCGUUCUGGUGGAGGCGUAGCUACCUACGGUAAAAUUGUACAGGUUUGGCCCGCCUAAAGGGCGUGGUUUUUCGCUGAGGUUAGUUUUGGUCUGACAAAGGUAUGGAUUUUCCCCCGUGCAAUAUAUGAUGUGAAAUCGGUAUGGUUUUCUAGGGAAUUACGACAACAUAGAAAUGUAUCUGUCUUUGCCCUUAAUGAAUAAGAUCCAGUGAGAAAUUUCGUUUCAGAAUUACAUUCUACAAUGGUUUUACUUUCUACUAUUCUUGAAGGUUUUUAAAAUGUCAACAGUAACGUAAGAUGAUGAUGAUGAUGAUGAUAAUAGUAAUGACGAUAAAUUCUUUUGCCUUAAUCUUCAGAUAACUUAACAAGAACAGAUCAUGGGCAACCACCUAUCGACUUUAUAUGGCAGCUAUUUGGCGCUAAUGUAAUCACUUUCGUGGCCUCAUUAUUUGGCAAUUCAGUUAUCAUUCACGUCAUAAGAACAGAUCAUUCUAUGAAGACUAUCACAAACUAUUUGAUCUUUAAUCAAGCUUGUGCUGAUAUUUUGACGACAACCCUUCAGACAUUCAGCUAUUUUUUACUUUCUCUCGGGAGUAAGUGGUUUGGAGGAUUAUGGGGAGAUAUCACGUGCAGAUUGUUAAAAGCGAGCGUUGUUAUUCUUCCUGUUUUCUCUGUUUGGAUUCUUGUUGCCAUUGCUGUUGAUCGCUUUUAUGCCGUAACGCGACUUUUCAUGAUCUCUCCUUUAUCUCGUCAUUUCAAGAAAACAGCUGUCUUUCUGUGGGUUUGGUCUAUUGCUUCCGCAACUUACUACGUUCCCUUAGCCGAGUUAGAAAUAAGAACUGGCGGUCAUUAUCAUUGCAACCUGAAUACUUUUCCAGUUGAAAAAAAGCAUGCGGACGCGUGGAGAGCAAUAGCAAUCUUCGAGCUUGUCCUUAACUUUUUCCUUCCUCUUUUGCUAAUCAUAGUUCUAUAUUCAAUAGUCUGCCUUAAACUAUGGUCACGUGACAUACCAGGGGAAGGAACCAAUCAGAAUGAGCGGCAAGCAGAAGCGUUGAAAAUUGCCAAGAAAGUGACCCGGAUGAUGAUUGCUGUGGUGGUGUUAUACCUACUCUGUCGGCUGCCUUACUUCAUUAUGAUUUCUAGCAAAUUUCUUCGUUAUGGUUAUAUCAAAGUAAAUCCUAAUUUGCUUUUGUUUAUCGUUUGGUUAACAAUCGCUUACAGUGGACUUAAUCCAUAUGUCUAUCUCACAUUUAGUCAAAAGUUCCGAAAUGGUUUUAAACUUUUAUUUGAGGAUUGCCUUGGAAAAGUCCACAAUUUCCUUUCUGCUCGUUCUCAGAGCGUAGAGUUGGAACAAAUAUAAAAUAAAUCUGAUUUUGUAUCUUCGGUCGGUUAUACAAAGGAGUUCGAAAUCUGCAACUGUUGUUAUACUGCCAAAAAAGUAUGUGUAACGAAGCGGAAUAGCUCACUGAAUUAAUUCAAUAAAUUAAAUGUAAAGUUUUAUUUCAUUGUUCUCAACUGAGUACAUAGAACUUGCCUGCCUUUCAAAAUACUUUUACUUUGAUUUACACCGUCCUUGCUCAAGGCGUCUGAACAUGCAUGUAAUCAAAACUGUUAUUUAAAGCUCCAGAGAUAAGAAAUCAUUUUGAUGGCGGCAACGAAUCUUAGAAGUACGUUUUCAAUAACUCCCACUAAAUAAAUAGCCAUAAAAUUGCUUUCUUUUGCUUUAUGCUGUUUCUUUGUCAUGUAAAUAAAACUGAAAUGAGAAAACUCCCGUAACUAUCAUACUGAGUGCUGGUAUACUGCAUAGUAGAGUAUUAAUAGUACUGAAUACAUUGGUUGAGCUAGAAGGAACGAGGCACGUUCUAGGCCCGAGUCAGGUAAACUUUCCUAGAACACCUUUGUACAGCUUACAUCCUUAGAGAAUAUAUGAAGAAACUUCCAUACUAGGAUCGAAGAAGCAGGGCUGUUUGCAAAACAACACCAGAUAGAACCACAAGUGAGAAAACAAUCAUACAUUAUAUUUUUAAAGUUUUUAUACGACAAACUAAAACAAUACCUACAAAUUACCAUUUUUCGUAAGAAACUCCUCACUGUUGAGGGAAAUUAAUACUUCCUCCACCACUACGCCCUUAAUGUAAAUAAAACUAGUCUAUGUUUUAAUAGCUCCCCAAAGAAUGCUCUUCAUCUAUUUCUGGUUUUCAGUGUGAGGACGGCGCAAAGAGAUGUAGGCAGGCCUUUCUUUCGCGCUCUCUAGCUUCUCACAACACUCCAUCAUCUAAACGUCUGCAACAGUCCGACUUCAUACAAAAAUAUUUUAUAUAUUUUCUUACAUUUCAGUCCGUUUGCUUUUACUGAAUAAAAGAGGAUUGCUAUUUUCAUCGUUAGGUUCACGACUCUUGGAUUAUACAAAUUCUGUCCGCACAAUAGGGGCAAACUCAAAUUAUUUAUUUCUUCACAGGGAUGCAAAAUGCAUUACUUUUUAUUAGUAAUAGGCUAACACUUCCCUUUGUAAUUUUAAUCAUAUUCAGCAGGAGGCUAACGAUGACUUUUAUGAUAAUCAUGUGUUGGUAUUUUUUCUCUUAGUUCUAGUUCUCAUAUUUUUUUUUGAACAACGGACGAGGAAGUAAAAAUGGACUUGAUAAAUAGAACUCAUAGAGGUAUGAGCCUUCCAUGGGCGGUCAGUCACUUCAUUAUUGCAAGAGUUAUAAGUCUUGCAUACAAUGUGUAUUUUUUGCUAUUUUUAGAUAUAUGUUAAAUUUUUUCCUUAUUUUAAAUUAACUGUCCUUAAGACGUCCUCUAAAAGACGUCCUCUAAAACCGCCGACUGAAGCUGAAGGUGUUUGUACGUUCUAAUAAUAUAUAGAUUCCGACGGCCGGCUAAUGUUCACCUUUUUUACUUGAAAGUUUAAAACGAAAAAAAAUAGAAACUAGAGCCAGCUGGCAAAUGUUGAACCAAGUUUAUGGAACGUUGUCACUCACGUGGCCAGCAUCUAUGCAAAGUUAUGGGAACUAAAAGCGUUUACAUAAGAAAACAGUUCAACUCCCACAGCACUGGUUUGGAACACCAACAUGGCCGCCGUUUCAUUGUUUUCGAGCACCAGGGAGUUUUAGCAUCGACGACGGCGAGGGCAGCGAAAAUGUCACUUUUAAAAUGAAUUAGUUUUUUUUUCAAACGCUGUCGCGUUUAUUCAAUUUGCUGAAAAUAUCUAAAGUAGGCAAAUUUCCUGGAGUUGAUUUCUUGGGGACCGCACUCAAGUUUAGAAAGAGAAAAAUAACUUCGUCGUCGCCUUGUUUACGUCCUUCAUAAACCGUAAAAUUAGGUAGUUUCAAGUCUUAGUCGUGCAGUAACGGCCGGCAAAGAAAUGUACAAAAAAGCGUAAUACAUGUACAAACUUGUUGUUUUGCUUAAUAAACCUAUGGCUGUUAUGACGUUCUCGUUGCCGUCGCGUCGCCGUUGUCGUUAUUGCUAAAACUCCGUACCAACAUGGCCGACAUGUGAACGCUCUGUAAUGGGAAGAUGUUGAAGUGCCAAACUGGCAAGACUCUGUUUUACAAUGCAAAUACAAAUCAGCUCUAGUUAUUUUCUUCUUUUAAUCAACCAUGUAUCAAAGAAUGCACCGUUUAAUUUUCAUAAUUAGAAAUAAAGCAAAUAUACCCUUUUCCUUUUUGUAGACAACUUAACUGGAGUAACAGAGAAAAUGCCUCCCCAGCAACAAAUGUGGUUGUCAUCGGCCCACUCCAUUAUAAUCACGAUGUCGUUACUUGGCAACUCAGUCAUCAUUCACAUAAUAAGAUCCGACAACGCCAUGAGGACCACAACAAAUUUCCUCAUUUUGAAUCAAGCAUGCGAUGAUUUGCUGAUAACAAUCACACAGUCAGUGAAUGUGUUCCAUCACAUCUAUCUUGACGGUUUGUGGUUUGGGGGACUGUUUGGCCAAAUCACAUGCAAAUUACAUCUCGUCAUCAUGUCCAUUGCACCGUAUUUUUCAGUUUGGAUCCUUGUAAUGAUCGCAGUUGAUCGCUUUUGUGCGGUGAAUCGACCGUUACAAUUAUCGCCAAUCUCCCGACAUUUGAAAAAAGCCAUCCUCGUUAUUUGGCUGUGGUGUUUUGUUUGUUCAAUAAACGUCCUUGUUAACGGAGGCUUGGGAAAAGAUAAACGGGCUUGGCGUUGUGACUUGGAAAGUGCCGUAAAUAAUUGGACAGCUGUUAAUGUAACCGAUGUUUCUUUGAACUUUUUUCUUCCACUGUUAUUAAUAACAGCACUAUACACUGCUGUUUGUAUCACACUCUGGUCACGUGAAGUACCAGGAGAAGGAGCCAAUCAAAAUGCGCAACAAGCUGAAGCCAUGAAAACGGCCAGAAACGUCACCCAGAUGAUGAUUGUUGUGGUAAUCUUAUUUGUUCUCUGUUGGCUUCCAUACUUAAUAAUAGUCUUUUUACAGCUAUUUGGCUCCAUGAAAAUUAGUCUACCAGUAAUGUCGUUCAUAGGUUGUUUAGUGCAGUCGUACAGCGGACUUAAUCCAUUCAUCUAUUUAACAUUCAAUCGCAACUUUCGACUUCGUUUUAAGCAGCUGGCCAGACAUUUUGCCGGGAAAGUACUCUGUUUUUCUCCGCGAUUUCAAAGCUUUGAGCUUGGGGAAGUUUAA